CAGUUAUUAUUACAUUCUAGGGAUUUGUCAAAUAAUGAACUUGGAAAUCUACCGCCAUACAUCUUUAAAAACAUUACAGCUGUGAGAUUUCUGUAAGUGAGAUUCUCUUUGAGUUAAGAUAAAUAAAAAAAGCUGUCUCUAAGAGUUACCUUGCAAUAACAGCAAUAAGUGAGUAAAUCGGCUUCCUAGUCUAUAGCAAUUUACAUUUCUUAUUUAAUUUAAGCUGCUAAAUUGUUUUUGUCUUGCAAUUAUAUUUUGCGAUAGAGGCUUAUAAUUUGUUGACUUAGAUACUAAAGCAACCUAAAUAAUUUUUUCUAAAACGGGCAAUAGCUUACUUACGAUUUUUCAAACUCAGCUUUAAACAACAGACCUGAUGCAGAGGUUUCUGGUAAUAAAAUCUAAAGUUUCUCUAGCCUGAGAGCAUAAAAAGUUUCAUGUGGGUCUAAGUUUUUUUUUUUUCUGUGAUAUUCAAAUAUCAAACCCGGGAGCUAAUUGUACUUCAGUAAAUUCAGAAGAUAAUUAAGACAAAAGUAGAUUUAAAGAUAUCCCUUCAUGUGUGUAUUUCAGUCUAACAUCUGCACCGCGCUUUUUCAGGAAAAUGGAAUACAACAAAAUUGAGAGGCUUCAUGAAGAUCAAUUCCAGGGCUUAGUGGAGUUGUUCGAGUUGUGAGUACAUUUAGACUUAAACGUUAAUUUUUUCAUCAUGGUCUGUUGCAAUCUAAAGCAUAUUUUAGAACCAGCCCAUUCAUAUGAAUUUAAAAAAACUAAUAAAAUGAAUAAAAGUUGGCAAGAAAAUGUUUACAAACUAACUAUAUUUAAAUGGAGAGAGGUGAUACCCGAAGAAGUGCAUGAUAAUCAUAUAUUACCAAGGUUUUUUAUUUUAACGUUUAAGCGAUAAACGGCUCAUGUGCAUUAAUGAGAUUUCUGUUCAUAUUCGUCCUUCAGAUUAUAGAGCCGCAAUGAUAAAGUUAGCUUGAAAGGAAAAGAGCUUUUUUGAACAAAGAAAAAAAUGGCUUCAAUUUAGCUGAGUCUAUAAAUAUUGAGUUGAAGUGCAAAGGUUCGGAUUAAAGUUACCAUGCGAUUAAUUUUCUGAGGGAAUUAGCUUGCACAGAUUUUAGUUGGAAUAGAAAAUCAGGAGCCAUAAUAGGGAACACCUCCUUAGUAAAUAUAGUUAGUAUCCUCUAUUAGUACUAGCCCCUAUAAUAAAUUGAUCACAAUGUUUGUCACCAGAUCUAUAUAAUUGUGGUAUAAUUUUGAUAUCAGUUUUGCUGUUUAAAUUAGAUGCGCCGCGCCUAGUUAUUCUAUGUUACUUGUAUAUUAAUCUAAAUUCCCCCUAACCUGUUUAAGACAUCUCUCGGAGAACAGAAUCGAGGCUUUGCCUGACAAGAUUUUUGAGGGAGUUAAGAACCUCAAGGGCCUGUGAGUACAGCUGAUUACAUACGAAACAAUUUCUAAAUUUUUUUAAGAAGAUGAAAAUGUACACAACAGAAAGACUCACAAUAUGGAAUUCUUAUUUGAAAAUGUUAACAUGAUCUCCAACAGGCGUGGUGUAAAUUGUAAUGUUCAACAACUUAAUUUUAUUACUAGCUAUUUUCUCAACGAAAAAAGUGUGGCUUGCUAUGAACAUGGUUUUAUUGAGCAAAGGUGGAUAUUAUCAAAAAAGCAAACAAACAUAGUUGAGAACUAUGAUAGUUCCGACGGCAACUUCAGGUGAAAUUUUAAGAAUCACACAAUGCAAGACCCUGUUUACCAUCUGCUAGUUAAUAGUUAUGUUAUUAAUUUUUGCAGAAAUAUCUUUGGCAAUAAAAUACAAAAUGUCACCAGCACGACUUUCAGUAAUGCCCGGGAACUGCGAUUUUUGUAAGUUCACUGUAAAUGGCAGUUUUUUAUCACAGUACUUACAAUAACGCCGCAUGUAUUGCAAUCGGAUAAGAUGCAGGUUUGAAGUUAAUUUAGUGUGUUAUAGUUAAUUGGGUAUAACUUUUAAUUUUGUUUGCAACUACUUAUUUGGGAAAAUGAGAUAUGCAAUUUAUUAUAAUCUGACUUAAUUUUCACCUUCUAUUUUAAACUUUCAGGUUCAUGCACUACAACCUGAUGGCUGAGCUCCCCAAAGGCUUUUUUGGGCUUUUGCCGCACAUUAUCAGAGUGUAAUACUCCAUUAUAAUAAUUUAACACGAUGGCUUAAUAGGAGAUUUGGGGCGAAUGUUGUCUGAAUUACCUUUGAAAUAGAAAUUAUUGUCAAAUUGUGAUAUGGGUGAUGCAAUCAUUUUAAUGAUUUUGUUUCCUUCAGUCUGUUGUGGUUCAGUUGAUCAAUAAAUUUUCAUUCACGUUAACACCUUCUGACAAUUCCAAUCCUGAAAUGAUAUGAAGCCUUAUUUAGAUUUUAAAUAAAAUUGCCUAAGGCAUGCUUCGCGUGACUUUCUAAUUGCUAUUAAUUUAUGAAAAAUGCUUAUCAAUUAUCUUUGCCUCAGCAUAGAUCACUAUUUUCUUGCCGAUCGUUUUGGAUAAUCAUAAUUUUGCUCUCAUUGUUCUAACGAUGAACCCUUUCUAAUUUCCUCUUUUUUUUCUAAUUCCAGAACUCUGGACACCAACCUGAUGUGCUGCCACCUUGAUCUUUUCAGGCAGGAUGCCGAUUGCGAAUUUGCCUUCAAUGAUAACUUCGCAAGCUGUCACUCCAUGUUCCGCAACCUUGCUCCAAGGAGAAGUCUUUGGGUUGUCGGCCUUCUUUCGUUGUUUGGGUCUGUGUUUGUAGUUGGGUGGCAGUAUUUCUUACCUGAUAACAAUAUGGUCCAGUCUAUUAUGUUGGUAAAUCUGGGUAUUUCAGACGGCAUCAUGGGUAUUUACCUCAUCAUUAUAGGUAUAAAAGACCUGCAAUGGUCAGGGGAAUACUACCUGCACGACUAUGAGUGGCGCACCGGCUGGUUUUGCCAUUUCAAUGGGGCCAUGUCUGUACUUUCAAGCGAGGUGUCUGUUAUGAUGAUUUCUCUGAUUGCAUGGGACAGGCUCAAGAACAUUGUGUUUCCUUACACGUUUGCAAAAAUUACACCAAGGCAGACCCGUAUUAUGUGUGUAGUUAUCUGGCUUGUGGGAGGCAUCAUGGCAUUCCUUCCGUUGUCUGGAAUGCGAUAUUUUGGUGACUGGUAUUAUGGCAAGAACGUGGUGUGCCUGCCCCUGCAACUUUCCCCGCAAUUACAAGAAGGCUGGGAAUUCUCCACUUCCAUCUUUAUCGUUUUAAAUUUUUCUCUUUUCCUAUUUAUUACGGUUGCUUAUGUUGCCAUCUUGUUGAAAUCAUGGUCGUCAAGCAGACAGGUGGGUGCGCAUGGAACUGUUCGUGAAAUACGAGCAAGAGCACAAAGCGCACAGGCCAAAAGAGAAAGAGCACUUGCCAAAAGAGUCUUCUUCAUUAUUCUGACCGAUUUCUUGUGUUGGGUACCAAUCAUUGCUAUCGGCAUUAAGUCGCACGUCGAGAAAACGUUUGAUCCACCUGGUGAUCUGGCAGUGUGGAUUGCAGUGUUCGCCUUGCCGAUCAAUUCAGCUAUCAACCCACUGCUAUAUACCCUUUCUACUCCACAGGUACCAUUUUUAUUGCUUUUGAAUGGAACAUUCUUUCAUUUGUUGUUUUAAGAGACAUCUUUGCGAGAUAGUUAUCUGAAUCAAUCACCCGCGGUCCCAACGGUUUUUUUUUUAUUAGAAAUUUUCCUAUUGUGAAUCAAAGACGGUCUCUCAUGUCCUUAUGACAGAAAAAAAAAUAACCCAAAAGGAGAAAAAAUGGGCGUGGAAAAAAAUAUGAAUGAUCGCAAAGUUGUUUGUUUGUUUCUCCGCUGUUGGUUAUAACCAUGGAGACCAACUUGAAUUUAAAAGCGGUUUGAUCUAUAUUCCGACAUACUUUAUUAACUAAAUUUCUACUGUAUAGGUUCAAGCUGUUUUGAAAGCAAAAUUGAGGAAGGCGUGGUCCAAUGUUCGAUCGAUUUUCAGCAGUGGACAAAAUCAAGAAGGCACGGUGCUAUAGUCCAUUUAUACAUAUCAUAAUCAGACCUUGAAAGGGGGUAUAGGUGUGAGUAGAGAUUAGAACAAUGCACUUCAGAAAUUUAUUUGAAUUAUUAUUGGAAUUAUCAUUAUUACUUCAAAAAAUUAUUAAGGGGCAAACAAGCAAUUAAAAAACAAUAAAUGGUUGAGCUUCGGUCUUCAAUUCAAUCAAGGGAAAGAAACAAUCUGACUGGUAGAAGGAUUUUUUAAAAUCAAUAUGUGGACGAGAUAGUUUGGUGUGUUAUACUCCUCCACCGACGCAGCGCCACAGCUUCUUCAGAAACUUACCCCCCCGCCUCCUCCUUAAAAUAUUUGGAUAGGCUUAACAGUAGUUUAUUCUCCGUUUGGAGAGGACCAAAAAAGAUAUGUUACUGCUAUUUUAUUACUUAGAAGGAGUAAAUAAUCAGCAGGGACAGAUCGGAAAUGGACAUGAACACGCUAACAACGAAGGGGGUAAAUAUAGUGAUUCCCAAUGUGUAUAUUCUCUUUGCCUCGUCAUGGUUUUGUGUGUAAUACCUUUCUUUCGUUUCUUCUCUUCCCUUCUUAAUCCCAUUUUUUGUUUGUUUUUGUGUCUGCAUUAUCUUCCCCAUAGGAGAACAGAUUGAAAUGCAAGUAAUAGAACACAACGAAGUCCCAGAAGUGGAAGCCCCUGAAUUGCCUGCUCCGCAACCGGGUCAG